CCAGCCUGGCCCGGCCCAGCGCCGGGCUCCUCGGGGCAGCGCUGGGCCAGGACGCGGUGCCGGCCCCGGCGCCCGAGGAUGCGCAGCCCCCGCUGAGCGCCGCCGGCUGCCGCCCCUCGCCCGCCGCGCCCCGCGCUGCCCGGCCCCGCGGCGGACCAUGGUGCAGCGCUUCAGCCUGCGCAGGCAGCUCUCGAAGGUGGGUGCGAGCCGCGGGUCCCCGCAGAGCCGCGCCCGGGCGAGGAGCCCCUCCGCCUUUGUUCGCGCCGGCGCGGACACAAAGGCUCGGGCGGGCGGGGGUCCGCCGGGGCCGCUGAUACCGCAGCGGUGCUGGGCCAGGGCUGCGCGGGAGGGGGCAGCGGAACUAACGGGUGUGCCCGAGAGGUGCCUGUGAGAGCGCUCACACGUGCGCUUUGUCCUGAGCAGAAGGACCUUAGCAGUGUGAGCCGCCCCAGCGACAUAACUGCAGGGACGGGGGAGCAUGCCCUGUCCUGUGCAGGCUCAGUAACGCUCACUGGCAACACGGGGCUUCAGAACAAAGGGGCUGCCGUGUACAGGUUUUGCUGUUUAGUAAUUGAAAGUGUUCGAAUUCCUUUCAGGAAGCUGCCUUAAGAGAGAGAAUAGUUAAUCCAAGCAUUCUUGCAGAUUGUCACUGAAUCUAAUGCAUGUAGUUGGAAAAACAUUUGGAAAAAAUCCAUCCAUGAAUAAAAGUGAGCCUGUGUAGGACGCUGCAGGUACGAAUGGUUCUAGAGCUGCCAGCCCAGCCCUGUUGGUACACCGUUUGCACACCAUUCCCAGUGAGCGGAAUUGACUCUGGACCUAGGAGUUACAGUAUUGGACUCUUAGAAGGCAAGCUGAUCUUUCACUUUACAUUUAAGCUGUUCUUCUCCGUCCCUCCCGCCCUCUUCUGUGUAUUUGUAAAGGUUUUAAAAUGCAGUCAUCAGAAUUCUGAAAUGCUGUCAUCAGCAUUUAAAAUGGGUCAGAAUUCACAUCCUGCAAACUGUCUUGGGAAAAGCUACAGCUUUGCAAUAAUGUGGUGUCUUUCUAAUUAAUUUGUAAUUUUUUUUUAUCACCUCUUCAUCUUGAUGUGGCCAUUUCAGGGAAAAGUGAAACUUGCAUCUUUUAAGGGUUUGCCUUUUUACGUGUCAAGCUGUGUCUGCAAGCACUAGAAGUCUCCACAGACACUUUGGAGUUUAAUCUUCCCCUCAAAAGAGACUUGAUCUAGUUAGUAAUGAAUUUUGUAUCUAAGCUUUAUUUAUGUAGGGCAGCCAAAAUAGUUUAAAAUGAACUCAUUUGGAUAACUCCAUUUUAAUCCUUGUUUUUCUAGGUGGGCAGGGUGAUUUGAAAAAUGUUUUCACUGAUUUUUUACUAUAGGAGAACUAUUUUCAAUUUGUUUUUCUGGCUCUGUCCAUUUUUGUGUUGUCUGACACAAUUGUGUCUUGCACUGCAUUAGUUCUGAUUGUGUCAAACCUACUUUAUACAAUUGUCUGGCCCUGACAUAUUCUUGACUUCUCUGUUUUAAUUGUAAAAGUUGCACAACUCUUAUAGUAUGGUGAACUGAAGGAGAAAAUGAGAGCUUGGUCUGUGUUUACCAAAACAAAAGGCGUAGUUGUGUGAACAAUUGGAAGGCAUUAUGUUUAUCUCAGUUUGGAUGUAGGAUGAGAACUGCAUCUCCCUGUCUCCUCACUGUGUUUUAGAUGGGACUGGGAAGUCCCUGUGUGUUGGAGUCCUUGGUGGAAGAGAGGGAAAUGAAGGAAAGCAUAGAAAAUAUGUAUGAUUUUGCUGAUACCUUUAUCAGCUGAAAUGCAAUGACUGCCAGACUGUAUAAAAAUAAACUAUAACUUUAUUAGUAUUUAUUCUGUGAAAACCUUGGAUCUUUUAUGGAUGGUGACUUACACUCCAGAGUUGGCAAAUCCUUUUGUAGGACCUGGAGCACCUGCUCCCAGGGUAUGUCCACUUCUUGUAUGAAAUUGGGCAUUAUCAUAUGGUAUGCCUGUGUUAUGCAGCUGCAAGGUCAAAAUUGCAGUUUCUAACCACAUUUAAUGGUGGAGGCUUCAAAUAGAAUGGGACGUUGAAGAUUUGAGAGCUGCAAACUGAAAAAUGCUGCCACCAGUGCUUAUAAAACUUGAGCAAAAAAAAAGCAGGACUUCAUGCAGGAAGGAGAAAUAUGGCCUCAUGAUCCAGGCUUUAAUCUCCAAGAUCUGGUUUUCCAUGGGGCUAUUUGCACUGCCUGGCUUCCAUAAAAUAAUUUCAGCUUUCCCAGUCUCCAUCUUCCUCCUAUGAAUGAGGUUAAUGCCUUUCUCUUAUUUACAUAAUGGCUAUCUAGUUUUAAAAUACUAUUCUGGAAAGGGCUGUAUAAGCACUUAACUGUAUCUUAGUUUAUGAAAUGUUUGUUUGCAUUUGAUAACCAGUUUCCCCUGGCCAAAUUUGGUUUGUUCACUUUGUCAUCUUCUGGUUCUGUGGGAGGUCUCCAUGCCUUUUUCUUUUCUUUCUUUUUUUUUUUUUUUUUUCUUUUUUCAUGUUUUCCCUUCCUUCUUAAGUAUCCAAGGUGUUUUCAGAGUAUUUUGGUUCAAACUGCUCUCUAUCUUGUACUGUUCGGAAGUCCUUGGAUGCCCUGCAGUACUGUCACCCAAGAUCUCAAGAAGUGCAGUUGCUGAGGUGUUGCGUUUGGAGAAAUCCGUCACUGUUGGGGUGAUAGCACAAAACUGAACCCACCUGUUACACAACUUGAAUUUGUUCAGAUGUUUUAGCUGGGUUUAUGAAAGGAGAAUAAUGGAGAAAAAUUGAACUGUAUUUGAGGAUGUUUUCCUAAGUUAUCAUGCAUUCUCUUUUUCAAAAGGUACUCCUUUCCUGGAAAAGAUUCCAGUGAGCCAAGUAGUUAAGUUCCAUUUAAAGAAGGAAAAAACCAAAAAAGAAGUUAUUUUUGUGAACUGUGAUUGAUACUCCAUUCAUUUAACCAGCAUAAUAAAAUAUUAAUAAUUUCAGGCCAAACUCUUUUGAUCUCAAGCAAUCUCAACAAUCUGGAUUUAUCAGCAUCUGAACUGUCUCUGUGUUGCCAUUGGUGUGUGUUAUUUAUGGGAGAGGAACUUCAGCGUGUUAUGUUGAAAUAGCGCGGGAAUAGCUGAGCUAAAAGAAGCUCGCCUGUGUGAAGGUGACGGGGGUGACUGUGUUUGACAGCACAGGCUGCAUUUCUCCUGUCACUGACACAGUAAAGAAACCUCUUCCUGGAGUGUUGCUCCAGCUUCCUCCGGUCUCUUAGCUCUUGAGUUGCCCGUGGUGUCGGGCAGAUACAACAGGAUAGAGUGUAUCUGUUCACUGCCAAGUAAUAGCUAUCAUGGAGUUCUCGGUAAAACUGUCCUUGGAGAGGUACCUGGUGUGGCUUGCCUAACACUUAAUAGUGAGGAAAAGUUAGAAGUAAAAGGAAGAUUUGGAAAUUUUAUGCAUCAGCAUGAUUCUCGUGUUUAACAGAGCAGCAGGCAUGCAGUUUCCCUGUGGCUCUUCAAAUUUGCCCUGCUCGUGGAACUGGAAUGGCAUUGUUGUACUCGUGACUGAAUAAGGCCAGUGGGGUAGUUGGAUGUAAUGAGACCAUCUGAGCUACAAGGACAUAUUUGUUACCACAUUGGUAACUCCAUGGAUUACCUUUAAAUUAACCUUUUUCUCUUGAUGGACGUGAUGCAAUUUACUGCUGGGGGCAUCUGAUAGAAGGCUGCUCACUCUCACUGCAGCCUUUGUGGUGUGCUGCAAUUCUGUCCCAGGCACACAUCACCAUAACUCAGGUGUGUGCCCUCCCUUGGGUCAUGCAGGGGAUGAACUUCUCCCAGUCAGUGCAAGGGCAGUUAUUCAGAAUUUUCCUGUUGCUUCUAAGGGAAAGGUAGCGUUAGGUUGGCUUGUUUUGGCCAUUUGAGUGCCCUGUUAUACACAAGCCAGCUGGAGCAUUGCAGUGUAUUGCUCCUCACGUUACUUGGGUUUGAAUCUGUUCCUGCAGAUAUCUUGCAUGCUGUACAGGGCAAAAGGCUUGUCUACACGAAGCUGAGAGGUGGCAAUGUGCAAACAGGUCUCUAAGCAUUGCUGGCUGUGCUGGUUUGGAAUGAGUGACUAGAAAUGCUGUGAACUUUUCUAGGUAGAGUGGGUUUUCAAGAAGCUUCCACUGUAUCAUUUUGCUCAGAGGAAUGUGUGGGAGAGUGUUACAGAGAUACUACAUUCAUCUUACGGAAGGAAAAUGGGCUUCUAGUGCUCUGAUUGAACAACGUGGAAUAUCAGGUUUCCUGAGGAGUUUGUUCUGUGUCAGUGUAACAGCUCCAUGAAUGCAUGACAGUGAGGAAGUAGAAUAGACUUGAAGCAUCUUUCACAUUGGUAAUUAACAGGGUCUUAAAACUACACCUGCAGAGAUGUUAGAGGUAGGAUUUGGGAACUUCUCUUUGUGAAGAAAGCAUUACUAAUAAUCCAGAGAAUCAGCCCUAUCCACGCCAGCUGGGGGUCUGGCAAAUUGCAUGUAAUGGCUCAUUGCCAAAUAGACUUACAAUGUGUAAGGCUGUAGCUUACAUAAAUGCAUCUUUCCUUGUAAUAAUGAAAUUCUGCAGUUUAUGGCAGUUUACAGAAGAUCAUCAUACUUUGUAAUAGAUGCUUACAUGUGGCUGGAUGGCAGUAACAAUUGGAAUUUCCUCCCAUCAGGGAUCAAAAGAAGCAUUACAAGUGUUGGCAUCUUUACUCUGAAUUCGUUACCUUUAGGGGUUCUUUGUGGAGAUUUUGGCUUGUGUAGAAUUUGCCCCUUCCCCCUCAAUUCCUUGUGACAAACCAGUUGGCUGUUUCCUCAGCCAGUAUUUCUUCAGGGACAAGAAAAGUUUGCUCUCAUUUUGCAAGUCUUUUUGUUCUGGAUGUGACAGUCAGUGAUAAAAGUGCACCUGUAAACUAGGUCCUUUCCAGAAGGGACAGAAAAGCCCUUAUGCUGGUGGAGGGCCUUGGAAGUUCAGGGGAAAUGAAAUAAUGGUGCAAGAGGAAUUAGUUUUCAACAUUUACAUGAUAUCCAGUUUGGGUCUCCCUCUUGUGACAAAGAAUGUGACAAUGGCCUCCAAAAUAAUUCUUAUCAGAGAUUAAUUGUGAACAGCUGUGCUUGAGCAGAGACGAGGUUGAAGUUUCAUUCACAGGAUUUUGGUUGUUCAAAGGUGGGAUUUGUCUGUUCUUUCAGUCAUAUUUGCUCAGUGUUCCCAAAGUGGAGGGAGCUGACUUGCUCACCUUACAGCAACCUGACAAUGCUUCAUUCAUUGUGUGGGGAAAACUGUGGGUAACUGGGAGGGACAGUAGGUCAACUUUAGCAGUUCACUGACAGCCUGUGCCAGUGGGUUUAUCAUCCUUCUGUAUUGAUGGAGGCAGGAGAACUGUGAAGAUUCAAAGAGGAUCCUUUUACAUGAGCCUAGACUUAAUUAUUUUGUUAGAUAUUUGGAAGUCAGGACUGUGCUAGGUUUCAUGUUAUCCUAAUAUUGAAAAAAUUUGGGAAAUACGGAACUUGCUGCUACUGCUCAGAAAUGCAGAGAGUGGACCUUGCUGCAGGUGUCACUGGAGAGCUGUUGGAAUUUAGUCAGCCAAAUGUUUAUUGUUAACCGAUAAAUAUUGAAAUUGUAUCCUUUCAGAAUCCAGGUUAAAUGUAUAUAUUGGUGGAAACAGGGUAAUGGAAGGGAUAAACUUUAAUGCUGUUCUGCUUUUAACUAAGGCAGUGCCUGCACUAGGUACUGUGCAAUCCGUGUGUGGCGCUUUGCUGCUGUUGCCCUAUGUCUGUGUGGGUUUUGGGGCCCAUUACCUGGCACGCUGCAGAAGUGCUCAUGGGGCCGUGUUCAGGUUCAUGCUGACAGCUGGAUGGGGCUGGGUUACCUGGGACUGCAUGCUCCAGCAGAGGCCAAGGAGCUUGGCUUUACCUGCUGCUACCGUUCCCAUGGGCCCUGGCUGCUUGGGUCUGGGAUGAUGAUGUGCCUCUCCUGCUGGUGAGGCUGGUUAGUGAGCCUGGGGGAAGCUGGGGACAAGAGAGAGCCGAGUGCCAGUUGAGCUGCUUGUCUGCUGCUCUGUGCAGAACCUGAGAAGCUCUGACUGAUGUGGAUGGGAUGAGCACUAGGUGGAGUUUGUGCAGCUUUGCAGUGCCAGGGCUUUAUAGUGUUUGCCAGCACACAUGUGCUGCAGUGCACUCAGCCUGGCUGCUCAGGCUGUUCUGUAGUUUCUAGAAGUCGUGCCUGAAUUCUUGUCACAGUUCAUCCCAUGGAAAAUUUUUAGUACGCUUGGACAUGGCUCAGUGAUCAUCCUCCUCUUACCUGCUCAUGUCCUGGCCCAGCAUGGCCAGGUUUCCAUUUACAGUGUUUGUUACAAAAUGUUUUUGUUAAUUCAUCCAUCUGGAAUAUGACCUUGUAUUUUUUUUAACUUACAAAAUUAAUAGUUUUAGCAAAGUAAAGGGAAAUUUGACAUUAAAUAACUUCAAGUUUAGAGAGAAAAAGUGUUUAAGGUUAUUAAGAUGUGUUGAAGGGCAGCCUUUCAGUGCCUAAAGGGGCUCCAAGAGAGCUGGAGAGGGGCUUUGGACAAGGGAAUGAAGUGACAGGACAAGAAGGAAUGGCUACACACUGACAGAGAACAGGGUUAGAUGGGAACUGGGGAAGAAAUUCUUGACUGUGAGGGUGAUAAGGACCUGGCACAUGUUGGCCAGAGAAGCUGCCCCUGGUGGGGGGUUGGGACUAGAUGGUCUUUAAUAUGCAGUUUAACCCAAACCAUUCUGUGAUUCUAUGAAAUGCUAAGAAGAGUUGAAACGAAAAACUUGACCCUAUGAAGUAUAAGCAGUUUGGGCAAUAAUACAGGGUUUGUAUUAUCAUGAAGACUGAAUUUUACAUAUAGCUGUUCAAAAACUGUACAAAUACUUUUUUAAAAACCUCACUGUCCAUCAGCUGCCCACUUUCCCUCUGUCUAACUCAGUCUUUCUGGUCACUGAGGAUUCCUGAUCCAGAGUUCUAGCUACUUUCCCCUAAGUAAACCAAAUUUCUAGAUUAAAUUACUUUUCUGUUCCAGGAGGUAAUUACCUGAGAGAUUAAAUUCUGUGUAUGAAGAGAAUGGUGUUGAUGACUUGGCAGCAUUUCAGCUAGAGGCUUGCUGCUCAGUGCUGUAAACCUUAUUGUUGUUCAUUUCUUCGCUGAAAAAUUAUCAAACAGUAUUUCUAUCCCAUUUUUCAGAAAGGGCAGUAAAUUGAUUUAGCUACUUUGUUAUGCCAUGGUGAAGGAACACUUAAUUACUCAAGUGGCUCAGUGGAUAUUUUGACUGAAACUCCAUCUGUCAGUGCAGAAAUUGCUUCUAUUUUUAACAACUUGAGACACUUUUCAGCAAUUAUUCGGCUGAGUUGCUUAUGAGGGGAUAUUUUCAUGCACUGCUCUGGACUGUCUUCUGGGUGAGGUUUAUGUGUUGCCCUCUGUGGGUACUCUUUGCUGUCUUACAACAGCUCUUUUCAGCUAACCAAUGACAAUUGUCAUUAAAAAUGUGCAGGAAUACUCCAGUCAGGAAGCAGAAAACAACUAGGUACUUUUGGAAAAGUUUUAUUGCCUACUUUGAUACCAGGUUUUGGGAUGGGGAGAGUUGUGAAGCAGUCAGGACAGAGAAGGCAGCACAGUGAGCGCUGCCUGUCAGUAUGUUCCUGCUGUGUUCAUGUGUGAUUCCCUCUGUGAGAUCAAUGCCAGGGAUUGCACAGCUGGAAAAGAGAGAUGGUGCUUUUGGUGGGAUUUGCUAUAUAACUCCUCCUGUACUCUUUAGCUGCCAAACACUAGUUCCAGUGAGCUGGGUUAGUGAAACAUGCUCUACUGGAACUGUUCACUUACCUUGGGUGGUGUUACUGAAAGCUCAGGGAAUGGCUCUGGCAGCAGCUGUAAGCAGGACAGUGAUAUACAGAGCUGGGACGGCUGGAAAGGUGCUGCUUGGGGGGAAGGAGCAGCCAUGGGCCAAGGAAGACCCUGCCUUUGCCAUUUGUUUCUAAGAUAUUGAUUAGAAGGAAUGGAAGCUAAUUGCCAUAGCAACAAAUUUUACUCUUGCCCCACUCUUGUGUGUUAGUUAUUUUGGGUUAUGUCCAUGGCACUGCCAGGCAGCCACCAAGCCUUUUGGAGCAGCCCGUGCAGAGGGCGUUUGUGUGCACAGGGAGCAGUCCUUGGUGCAGGUGGGGUUUUGGCAGCAUGCUGUCCUGGUGGGCAGUUAGUGACUGGCAUCCCAGCCAGGCUGGUGGUGGUCUGGCACUCUGCAGCUGUGAAUGCUGUUUAAUGGUGAUUUGGGGAGGUGACCCAAUCUGUGUGGCCUCGCUGUGACCCAGGUGGGAUCUCGCCAUCCACCUGAGUGGUCAUCAAGACCAAAUAUUAGGCAGGGCCUGUGUGGUGAGUUGAGACUAAGAAUGAAAGAAUAUGUCUUGGGAAUCAAUGCAUUAUUACAGUAAACCUUAGAAAUGUACCAACCUGAGUUCGACCAGAGCCUCCUGAAAUGAUUUUUACCAUUUUUUUUAGAAAUUGCUUUGAGUUAACCUAGACUGAGACAGGUGAAAAUUUUAAAUUUUAGUGAAGGAAAAAAACAAGUGGUGGUCACAAGAAAGGACUUGCCUUCCAAAUAUUCAGCAGAAUAAAAGCUUAAAACAGUGUGAAGGGAAGAAAUAAUGUGAUAAUUCUGAUGCAUUGUAGGGUUAUCAGCAAGCUGUCCACUAUGGUGACUUCUGCAAAGGUUCACACUCCAAGUAUGGAUUUAGAGCAUGUGAGUCCUGGAACUACCUGUGCUCUUGCUGAGUAAGAAGAUAGGAGAAGGUUCCCUCUAAAAAGUAAUAGUUACUGAUCAGCUGACAGGGGCUGCUGUCAGAACAAAAGGUAUGCUCACUACCUAAACUGGAAGUGCAUUUGUUUCCCCAAACUGUAAGCCCAAGUGAGGUAGCAGUGAAGUCAGAAAACCGAGCUCAUGUUUUAGCUUUGGGGGAGGGCAGAAGGAGGAGUACAAGAUUUGUCCUUUUUAAAACCAUCUCUUGUUGUUAUCAGUUUUUUGAAGUAUUUCUGCAGUUCUUGCACCUUUUUCAUUGUCCUGUCUUUAAAGAAGGCCUUUGCAGAUGUUGCUAUUUUGUAGGGCUACUAGGUGGAUGUAAGACUCGGCAGUGGGAGCAGUUGGUAGAUUGGUGUUGGGGAGUGCAUCCUGGUGAGCCACCCUUGGGACAGCAUGUGACAGAGCAGCAUGUGACGGCGCCCCUAAAACAGCACCGUCAUAAUCAGGGUAGAUUGCUACUAAGCAGAUAGUUAUUACAGAUCCAGAAAGUAUACUCAUGUAGCUUUUCUGUGUUUGUGACCUAGGAACCACGAGGGAAAUGCAGCCGAGUGUCCCUUAGACUUGGUUUUUACCUCUGCAUUUCUUGAAUGACCACGGUAGAGCCAGCCAGGCUGAUUAGUAAUUAACAGAACACAAUCUGUGUGAAAACAUGCUCAGUGAAUAAAUUCACAUGCCUUUAACUUUCUUUUUGAGGCUAGAUUUGUUAUGAAUAGAUGGUGAACACAGUUGUCUAUCUGCAAGGCAGUACGCUGUGAGAGGACAUUCUCUCGCUUCUUCCCCAGAAGAAUACAUUGUCUAGACCAUCACGCAAUGGUUCUCAAAACAUAACAGGAUCUGUUUGCUGUGCUUACUAAAGGCAUGAAAUAUAAGCCUCAUCUUACAGUGUUUUCCCCAGAUCUUGCUUGGGAUCUGUUCAGCACCUUGUGCUUUGUGGCUCUGCAUGUGAUUUCCUCCUGCUCCCUGGGAGAGCCUCGGGUCUGUCCUGCUGGAGGGAUGGAGGAGGUGCAGUGUGUUUUUUAGCUCUUUCCAGUCUGACAGCUCCUUUUGUUUUUCUCUGGUUCCUGACCGGUACAGGGCACCUACUGCAGGAUACCAGCCAAGUGACAGGUAUUCAUCUAUCUCACACGGGACUGCACAGUGUACAAGGUGUCUGUGCCCUCUUCAGCGCAGGGUUGGAUUUGUCUGCAGUUGACUCCUUAACCUGUAACAGGAGCUUCAACAAUCUCCUCUGGCAGGUUGCAGAGGAAGAGAUCUUGAGGUUGCACCUUGGCCCAGAGCUCUAGAAGAGGUGUAAAGCAUGUCCUUCAACUCAGCAGUAUUCCUCUUGAAAUAAAACAUAAGGUGUUUUCCUGUUCAAGAGUGUGUUGGGGUUUUGCUUGUUUUUUUUAAAAUAAACUUCCAAGACAGUUGCCAGCAGAGCUACUUUGCUUUUUGGCUUUAUUAUUCUUCAGUAAACUUUAUUAUUCUUCAGACUCUCACUUGUGAUGGGUUCCUUACAGGGGCAGGGAUGAAGUAUUUUUAGCAGGCUCGGUGGCUCUGCUUGCAGCGCGUUCAUGCCUUGCUUGUUCGGGGUUGCAGUUGCUUUUUCAAAUACGCGUUUGGGGCUCCUGCCAAGACACCCAGGGCACUACAGCGUCGUGUUACAAGGUCCUGCUUUGUGCAGGCAGAGCUCAGCCCGGCAGGGCUGGGUCUGGGCUCUGCCAGCGUAGUGCUGUGGUACAGUGUGUUUGGCCAGUGCAGGGGUGCUGGGGUUCACACUGCGUGCUGCUGCUGCCCUCGCCGCACACUCAGCAUGGAGAACUCGCUGCCUGCCUCUGGAACCAUUGAGCGAUUGGAAGUCAGCAGCUUGGCGCAGACCUCCAGUGCCGUGGCCUCCAGCACUGAUGGCAGCAUCAAUGCAGACUCUGUUGAUGGGACCCCAGAUCCGCAGCGGACAAAAGUGGCCAUCACACACCUGCAGCAGAAGAUACUGAAGCUGACAGAGCAAAUCAAAAUUGAGCAAACAGCCCGUGACGACAACGUGGCAGAGUACCUGAAAUUGGCCAACAAUGCGGACAAGCAGCAGAGUGCCCGCAUUAAGCAAGUGUUUGAGAAGAAAAAUCAAAAGUCAGCCCAGACCAUCUUGCAGCUGCAGAAGAAAUUGGAACAUUACCAUCGAAAGCUGCGAGAGAUUGAACAGAAUGGGAUCCCUCGGCAGCCAAAGGAUGUCUUCAGGGAUAUGCAUCAGGGUUUGAAAGACGUUGGAGCAAAAGUCACUGGCUUCAGCGAGGGAGUGGUCGACAGUGUAAAAGGUGGACUUUCCAGUUUCUCCCAGGCCACACAUUCAGCAGCAGGAGCUGUGGUUUCCAAACCCCGGGAGAUUGCCUCCCUCAUCAGGAACAAGUUUGGGAGUGCAGACAAUAUUGCUAAUCUGAAAGACUCCUUAGAAGAAGGCCAGGAAGAUGGGACAGGUGGCAAGGCUCUAGGUGUUAUUCAGAACUUUCAGUCAAGCCCAAAAUAUGGCAGUGAAGAGGAUUGUUCCAGUGCCACAUCAGGCUCAGUGGGAGCCAACAGUACAACAGGGGGCCCUGUGGGAGCUUCCAGCUCCAAAACAAACACUCUGGAUAUGCAGAGCUCAGGGUUUGAUGCAAUACUGCAUGAGAUACAAGAAAUUCGAGAGACACAGGCAAGACUGGAAGAAUCAUUUGAGGACCUUAAGGUUCGCUACCAGAGGGAUUACACGUUGAUAAUGCAGACGCUGCAGGAGGAGCGGUACAGAUGUGAAAGACUUGAAGAGCAGUUAAAUGACCUGACUGAGCUCCACCAGAACGAGAUCCUCAAUUUAAAACAGGAGCUGGCCAGCAUGGAGGAAAAGAUUGCCUAUCAGUCUUAUGAGCGAGCCCGGGACAUCCAGGAGGCACUGGAAGCGUGUCAGACGCGCAUCUCCAAGAUGGAGCUGCAGCAGCAGCAGCAGCAAGUGGUGCAGUUGGAGGGGCUGGAGAAUGCCACGGCCAGGAACCUGCUGGGGAAGUUCAUCAACAUCUUGCUGGCUGUCAUGGCUGUCCUCCUCGUCUUUGUCUCCACUGUGGCUAACUGCGUUGUGCCCCUGAUGAAGACUCGCAAUAGGACGUUCAGCACUUUAUUUAUAGUGGUUUUCAUUGCCUUUUUGUGGAAGCACUGGGAUGCCAUCACCGGCUACUUGGAACGAUUCUUGUCUCCCCCCAGAUGAUGGUGGCAGGAAUGGGCUGCGCCGCUCCCUCCUGGCGCUCUUGGUGAGCAAGUGUGGCAAAGAUUAGUCAGCAACUACUCUGCUGAAGUUUUAAAGUGUCCCGAGUGAAUUUGUUUACAUUUAGAAUAACGUUUUUUCUCUGCAAGAUGCAUUGCAAUAGUAUUUUUUAGAUUUUAUUCAAGAACUUUUGGCGAGAAUCCUGGAUAAUUUUUAUGUAGCAUGGUUCUCUUUGGAUGCAAAUCUUAAGAUUCUUUAAAGUGUACAAAAGAAAUGAAUAAAAUACAGAAAUCUGGAGCAUACCAAUGGGCAAUUUAAAUUGUGGCUUGAACUACUGUACUAAACCUGUCAAGAAGAAGAGAACGUGGUUAGCUUAAGAUGAGCAAAGCUCAAUCUAGUGCACAGCCUUGAAUGAUGGUACCACAGCAAACCUGUAACACUAAACCUUUACUGUGAAGUCUGCUCACAUUCCAUGUCUGAGUGUAUGCGUUGAGUGGUUUCUUUCCUUAACAAGAGAAAAACAACAACGUGUGGAUCCCUCUCCCAGCUCAGCAUCUGGGUUCGCCGUUUGUGUUAACCUGACUUCAGUAACUUUCUGUAAGGCUGGCUAACUUGGCUGAGUAUAUGGAGUGGAAGCCUCAUGCCAUAUACAGUAACUGCACAGUCGUGCUACAGUAUUUUGAAGUAGUCCUUGAAAUACAUAUACUCUUUAAGCAGAAGCCCUUGGUCGCACUUUUAAGGUUUUUUUUUAAUAUAUAUAUAUAUUCACAGAUUUAAAAAAAAUCCGAACAGCAUACUUGAAGAGUGUAAUACUCAAACUCUCAGUGCUUCCUUAUUGUUUCUAAUAGGAUUUUUUAUUAUAAUUAUAAUUAUUAUUAUUAUUAUUAUUGGGGGUUUUUUUUUGAAGGGGUUGGGAGGGUCAUUACUUUUUUUUCUUUCAAAUAAAGAAGUGAUGUUUUUAAAUGAAGAAAUGCGUGAAUAAUUGUGAGCCGUCUUGUCCUGAAGCAGUUCUGAGGAGGGCAGAGAGUAGUUUCUAGUGUCAGCCUGUCAAAUGCAGCACUGUCCAUAUGUCAUUUGUCUGUCCUCCUGAGCUUGAAGAUGCAGCAUCAUGGAGAACAUCUGUCUUCUCCACACCUUUUUGUCAUGCAGGGCUUUUUUUCCUUUUUCCACAUGUGAAGGAUGAUAUGUUUGUAUUUUUUGUUUCAUGUCAUCUCUCAUUCCUCGCCUCAAGAUAAGAGCAAGGAAUUUCUGUUCAUCUCUUCCUAGAGAAAAGACAGGUUCUUUUGAGGAAAGAAAUACUGACUCAACAGUUCACUUAACAGAAUGGUUAUCUCAAAAAUAGUUCUAACUAAAAAAAAAAAAAAAAACCCUGAAAAGUGAAACCAAAGUUUUCCUCCUGUCAGGCUCUGGUAAGAUUAUUUGUGUGUCUGUGUCUGUGGUGUGCCAUCCUCUUUUUCAGCCACAGGGGCCAGCACUUGGUGCAGACACCUUUUCGAAUCUCGAAAGGAAAUGUCACCUUCAAAUGUAACCCCAAGUCCUCACAAUGUGCCAUUGCUGGUGACCUGUUGGUACAGGCAGGCAGCCCUCAAGUCCAAGGAAUCUGUGUUCAUUCUGUGCUGAUUUUUAACUGCUGUCCCUUUCACCAUAACAGUGCCAAGAUUCAUCUUUUGUCUUCAUGAAAUCUAAAAAAAACCUCCAGGAUUCUGUCAAAACCAUUUAUGGUGUUAUGUCUUACUGUUUUCCUUCAUUCCAGGAUCAAUUUCCCUCUAGGAAUCAGAUGUUGCCCAAGUGACUUAAACCAGUUGAAAUCAUACAUGGGCAUGUAUGAGACAUGUACAACAUAUAUAUACACACAUACAUGGGCAUUGUGCUAUGAUGCAGAUUCUGGGUUCUGAGAAAUUCCCUCAAACAAUAACAGCUUGAGUGUUUUCUGAUUGCCAGCAAAGGCAAGCACUCCACUGUCCAACCAUCUUUCUUCCUCCAAGGGUUCUUUUUUUCUGUAGUCACAGGAACCUCAGGUGCCCUUCCCCCAGGGAUCCCAGUACACCUCUCUGUCACCAUGUGCACUAAUGUGCUCCUGUCCUAAUUAAAACAAAGAUUGACAUUUACAGCUGACUCAAGCCAAAACUGCUUGUGCUUUCUGCAGUGCCACAGCCAGGGCAGAGGUGCGUGGCCAUUCCCUCCCUUGCUCCUGGCUCCAGUGAGGCUCUUCUCUAGUGACUCACAUUUCUUGGCUAACUAUCAUCUUGCCAUUAUGCAGGUUUUGUCAGAAACAAAUGUGUGAAUAACAGUAAGAACUGAUUUGGCACAUAACUGCAAUACUUUGUUGCCUUUUUUUUCUGAAACCUGGCCUUUGUACUUCUUUUUCUCAGUCUUGUUCACGCUAGAAUUGCUUAAGGUAGGUUUUUAUGUGGUCAAAUCAGGAAGGAGUUAAAAGCCAGUGUCUCUGGACGCUCAGUGUCUGUAGUAUUUAAGGAACUGUUUGUCCCUCUUCUUUAUAUCCUGAUUUCAUUUCUUUUCUCAACUCUGUCAUAUUCAGUAAAUACCAUUUGUGAGCUUGCCAGAAAGUGCAGGCUUAAUAGAAACUGACAUCUCGGAACUCUUUAGUGAAGGCCAUAUAGAUAUGGGUCUGGACAAAGUGUCUGUCUCUUUCUCUCUCAACAGUUUCUUCCAUUCCAGAAAGUUGUCUGCAGUAACGUCAUGUAUGAUGCUGCAUCCACUUCUCAUAUCCUAACACAACUGCCAUGUGUUUUGCCUUUUGCACUAGCAGAACAUUUUGGGGUUUUCCUCCCUCUUCAAUUUGAAAGUCUGUGAUGAUUUCUGAUAGCUUAAUGAUGAUGUUGUUGGAAAUGUGAUUCUAGCUUUAAGGCUCCCUUUCUUUGUACAUGGUUGUGUUUGCUUUCCUGAUGGAGUGUUUCUGGGUGACGCGUAAAGGACAGUUUCUGCUGUGGAUGUGAGUGUGUGUGUGAGUACCUUUAAUAGCCUCCUCUGUAGAUAAAAACUUUUUAGUGACCAUCUCCGAGUUGCAGAAUGUUUCCCAAAACAUUUCAUAUUUGGAGUUGAAGUGAUUCAGAAAUUGCUUAGAUGUGUUUAGCACAUACUGCCUUGACACAUAAAAAGGGAAAAAUAUAAUGGACUGUGUAAGUUCCAAGAGCAGCACCUCCUCAUUAACAUUUGAGGGUUCAAGUAAAGUUCAUCUGUUUCCCCCAUUUCCUUCAAUAUAAAGAAAAAAGAAAAUCUUGAUGAAAAAGCCCCAAACUUUAAAAACUUUUAUAAAGUCCUUUUUUCUCUCAGCAUCAUUUUUUUAGUUCAAGGAUACUCAGCAUGCUCCCAGCAGUUACUCUGUUGGUUUAUUCCAAUCCCACGUGUGCUUAGGUGGGAUCAGAUGAACUGCUGACUUAGGUGCGUAUUACAGGAAAGCACAGUCUGUCAGCUUUGAAAAUAUGCAUUUUUUAAAUUAAAAAAAAAUAAAAGGCAUAACAAAAGAAGCCAAGCUACAAAGGGUUCAAGAUUGAGUAGUUUUGCCAGUUUUUAAAUGAAUUCUGAAAGUGGCUAAAGAGUUACCCUGUGUGUCUGUGUUGUGUAUGCCAGGUGGUAUAGUCGUAGGCAAUUGACUUAGCUGUAAGUGUGUUUUAAAAGUGUAAAAAAAUAAACAGAAAAACUCACUUGCACGGGUUGAAAAGUACAGAAAUGACACUUGUGAACGUAACACUGUAGUUUAUAGAUCUUAAGCUGCUAAUUGUUGAGAGAGAUUUACAUUUGUCUUGUCUGAUUGUCACAGAUUUAUCUGUGGCAAUUUUACUGUAUAUAAAAAACUUUAAAUAAAGACCUCAGCUAUUAA